CACGACCCUGGCCUGGCUGUCCAUUUUUCCGGGAGUGAAGCAACAAUUUGGGCUUGAGUGGAGCGUUAAUUCUGUCUUUAACGCAUUUCAUUUUCUUUCUGACUCGGCGGCAGGAGAAUGUUAGUUGCUCGCGAAGGUAGUGAGCGACAGUGUCGCAAAUCUACCUAAGUGUUGAAGAAUAUUUUUGCAAGCGGAGAGGAGGAGUGCGCAGGCUGCAGUCACAGACCGCGGGAAAAUGGUACUUCCUGUGCAAAGAAGUCUUGGCGCGGCAUUACAGCUGUAAACAACAGGAGGACACAACAAUACGCAAGUAGUCCUUAAGAAACUGUGCCACAGGGAUCUUUGACAGGAUGGAGAACGUUGACACCAGCCAUGCAUCUGGUCUCUUGGUAUCUGAAGUAAGCGAGGAGUCUGUGGAUAUAUACGAUGGUCUGGACAUCGGUUUUAACAGAAGUGCAGAGGAGCCACCUUUUGUUGGUUCUCAGUUGAAAGAGUCAAUGGAUUUGUAUGAAGAAAUUGUGACAGAGGAACAGCAGAACAGAGAGUCAUCAUACGCUGAGCUGAAGUCUGGGUUCAGGACAGCCCAAAACCAUAUUAAAGAGUUACGCAGGAGACUGGAGCAGUUGGAAUUACAGAAUACAGGUUUGAGAAAGGAGAACUACUCUCUCAAAAAAAACAUCUCUACACUUUUACAAACGGCUAGAAAGGAGGUGAUACGAAAAGACACAGAGAUUCAGAGGCUGAGUCAGAGGUCUGAGAGAGGGCAGUAUCAUCAUUAUCCAUCUUCCAUACAAAAUGUGCGGGAUCCAAAUCUCUCCAGUCACAGCUCCACCAGUAGGCUGGUUUCUCCACCAUCCCGUCCGCCUCCUUCUCCACCACUACCGCCAUCCAGUAAUUUUCCACCUCCCAGCGUAGACCAGCCUCCAAGAGAUGCACGUCAGUCCAUGAGGAAAGAAAGUCAUAGUUUGCCCAGAGCAUCAAAAGCAUCUUGUCAUAGCCAUUCAAAACGAGACAGUGAAAUAACUGACAAACAGACGGAGUCAGAUAAACACAAAUCCAGUCACAGAGAGCACAGACAUCCCAGUCAACAGUCUGAAUCAAUACAUAGGAGACAUAGAAGUGCUUCAGAUGCUAACAAUGACAGAUUUCACAGAGCAGACAAAGACUUGGUACAAAGGUGUGAUUCAAAGUCAUAUCAAAGAAAAAGCUACUCACACGAUGGGCACCGCAGAUCAGAUGAGGUUAAAUCCUCACCCACGAUUUUGGAAACUACAGCUUCGGAUGACAAAAAAGAUGGCAGGAGACACGAUAAAGCUAAAACGGCUGCAUCGGGCCCUAAACACAGUGCGUCUCACAGCUCAAAAGAGAGCUACAGCCGAGAGCUUGAAAAAAUCAAGACUACUUGCAGCUCUUCCAGAAGUUACAACUCAAAGGACUGGAAAAAGUCUUCUGUAAAUCAACAUGUUAUACGAUACAGAGAUUCCUCCAAAGAGAGGGAAGGGGCUAGACAGAGAGAUCAUCAGUGGAAAGGGGAAAGGCAAUAUAAAGAUGAAGUAAGAAAAAAUCAUAUCAAUGACAGUCAGUCCCACACAAGCAGAAAAUGUGAGAAGCUGAGAACCAAAGAAUCAAGUAAAAGUGACAAGGACAGAUGCGCAAAGACUCACAUGGUGUUUAAAACAUCACCUGAAGAAACCAAUAUAAGCAAGAAAAACUCUGAGGAAACUAGUCCAAACAGGAAACUGUGCUUUAUGGAAACAUUGAAUUUAACCCUUUCACCAAUUAAGAAGCCAGUAUUACCUUUUGGUGGGAGCCUGAAAGAUCCUGUACCAGUGGGCAAGGAUGUUGAAAAUGGAUCAGAGGAAGAGAAUUUGCAGCCUAACAUGGAAGACAUGUGUGUCAUUGAUGACAUAGAAAACAUUGAAUUAGAAGGAGAGUUGAGAGAUAUUACAGAGCAGUCUCUGAAGAACCACAACGUUUUGAGUUGUGAGAAGACACUUGAGGCAUCAGAUGUGGAAGGUAUUAAGGAAAAAGACACAGUCUGUAAUAAAACUGCCGUAGCUGACAAUUCAGUUCAAACUACCUCAACUAACAGCCAACCCUUGGAUAUUACAGCAAAGCAAGUGAAUGCACACCUUGCGGCAAAAUCACCAGAGAAUAGUUAUGCAAAAGCACCAGACGUGUCAAAAAAUAAUGAAGAAAAUAUGAAGCUAGUCUCAGACAGCAAGGCAGCUGAAUGUGGAAUGGCGGGGGCCAGAGACCCCAUAAAUCUUGUUGACAAGUCAGGAAGGAUUUCUAAACAGAUUCCAAGCUAUGACCGACAAAAAGCUUACUGCGAAAAUACUGCUGAUUCAUGUGCUGAGAUUACUGUGGAGUCCACUGUGGAGCAUCUUGAAGCUGCAGUACAGCAGAAUGCCUCUUUGGAAUCACGUGCAGAAGAUGCCGAUUCAUCACAGCCAAAGAAAACAGAUAUGACUGACAAAACUAAUCCUGUGUGUCAGACUGCUCCGGCUAUCAAGUCUCCGGUCUGUCAGCAAGGUUCUCCUGCUUCUUCUACUCCAAUUCAUCUGAAAGGGAAUUGUGAAAAGCAAGACUGGCGUAAAGAUGCAGAUACAGUGUCCAGCACAAUCAGCCUGGAGUCCCUUCCACAAGAAGGAUUGAGUUUGAAAGAGGCUAUUUACGUUUUAACACAGACAAAUGAAGACACCGGAGACAGUAGCGCUAGCGCUAUUGAGCCGAGCUCUUCGACUAACUGUAUCGGAGUGUCCAAAGUUAGCAGCACAACAGAGGAGAAGACCCUACUAAAAAUUUACAGUGACAUGACCACCACACCCAGCAAGAGCUUCAGCCCUAGAAAUGGACAGGAAAACCAUUUGAAGCCUUCAAGCUCCGUGCUAUUACUACAUGAUGAGGACUCUAUGAUGCGCACACUGAAUAAUCUGAAGAGAAUCCCAGAUGCCAUCAGUCCUUUGAGGAGUCCAGUACGGGUAAUCAAGAGAUGUCUUCUCCAUGUGCAUAGCAAGCCUGGUCAUGUAAAGAGCCUUCAAAAAGAUUUUUCCAGUACAGCUGUUGAUGCCAACUCGGAGAAGUUGGAUGUAAAUAAGGAGAACAAAUAUCCAGGUUCUCCUGCAAAGCGAGACGCAGUAAACUCGGUGGAUAAAGUGUCUGACUUGAAUUCAAGUCGUUCAGACACAGAUCUGGAGGAAGGAGAAAUUUUAAGUGAAAGUGAUGAGACGGCGGCAAGUUCACCCACUACUGCAACAAAGAAGGCAAAACUAGCACAGCCAGUCAGAAAUAAGUCAAGUCCUAACUCUGUUUUAAAGAAGAAGCUUGCAGAGAGACGGGCUGCUUCUGAAGAAAGUCGUGAAAUUUCAGGCGUAACGACACAAAGUCCAAAAAGUCGUUUUAAAACAGUUUGUCCCGCAGCAAGUAAAGCUUCUUUUUGUACCAUCGAAGAAAUAAUGGAGACAUUUAAGUUAGUUCGCGCCGAGAUCCGAAAAAAGUACAUGAAGCUUCACAAAACUUUUCCCAGGAAGAGUUUCUAUGGAAUGAUGGAUAAUUUCCAAAGGUCUUUUUUAGAGUUUGUGGAUGGUGCUCAUUUUGGUAAGAUAUGUGAUCAACCAGGGGAGCUCAAGUCCAGACUGAAGAAACUCAUUGAAUCUGUGUUUGGCAAAGUGUCAAAUAAUGGCAUUGUGAAACGAAUAUUUGAACAACAAGCAGUGGAUCUGAAGCAAAAGCUGUGGGACUUUGUAAAUGUCCAAGUUGACUACUUGUUUGUGGACAUUCACACAACGCUGAAGAGCUUUUGCAAAGCCUCAAGACCUCUGCCAGAGGACAGUGAUGGUGAAAAUGUAUCUCAACAGCCUCCUGUGAGAAAGACAUCAUAUGAGUCGAACCAAGCACAGCCGGCUUCCACCAGCCUGAAUCAGGCCAAAUCCUGUGCUGUGGUGCCUUACAAAAAGGGCCUUGGAAGCAGAGGCAAGGACAUCAGAAUCACACACGGGUCUGAGUCGCAUCCACUGAACUCCCCAAAUACACAAGCAGAGUUCCUUCUUCCUAAAAAUCCACCUGCAACUCCUGAAAAAAAUAAUAUACCUUCUUUGGUGGUCACUCAGAAUGGCUCUUUGCUUGACAGAACUGACUUUGAGCUACUCACUGAGCAACAAGCUUCCAGUUUAACAUUCAAUCUGGUCAGAGACUCUCAAAUGGGUGAAAUUUUCAAGUGUCUUCUGCAAGGUUCUGACUUGUUAGAAAGCAGUGGUAUCGCUGUAGAAAACACUGCCUGGUCCCUCAGUACUCCAAGGAAAGAUGGAGAAAGAAACAUAAGCAUCAUCACACCAUCAAAAUUUGAUUAUCCAUCUAAGCUGCUUUCCCCAGCUAAAUUUGAUACCCCUUCUAAACUUUUUGCUACCUGGUCUAGUAUUUCACCUCGCAAAAUAUCCUCCCCUUGCUCAAAAGAUCAGACCACACUGAACCCGGCUUUACUUGAUGAAAAUUGUCUGUUAGAAGUUCCAUCGCAAAAUCGAGCACUGUUGCAGGCCAACUUGGCCUCACAGAAGUCAUAUUCACUUCUAGCUGAAGAUUUGGCCGUGUCCCUCACCAUUCCAUCACCUCUGAAAUCUGACAGCCACCUCAGCUUCCUACAGCCAUCCACCUCAAGUAUGCAUGUCACGUCCACGCCAGAGAACGUCAUCAGCGCCCACAUAUGCGAGGAUGCUCUACUGGACGGGGAGGACGCCACAGAGCACGACAUACACCUGGCUCUUGACACUGAUAAUUCCAGCUGUGGCUCUAGCAGCAGUUUGGCCUCAGAAACGCCUGCCACGUCUUUUGUGUUUAAGCCCGACAUGGCAAUGCAGGCGCUAGUGAUGGAAAAGUCCAACGAUCAUUUCAUUGUGAAGAUUCGGCAGGCGAAUCCAGAAGCAGAUAGAACUCUAACUGCUAAUGAGAGCUUAAGUGAAACACUAACAGAGGAGCAGCACAUAGAAGAUAACACUGCAGCUCAGGAUAGUGAAGCUGGUGUUGCAGAAAAGUUGGAGAAAGCUGUCUCUUUGGCGGGCAGUUUCUCUAACGUUGCUGAAAGCUCUGUUUUGUGUCCAGCUGGUACUGAAUCCAGUGUCUGUCUCACUGAAGGUAAAGACUUAACACUAUUAAACAAUCAGCCAGAUGAUAUGCUAACUCAACACACUUUUUCCAAAGAGACCCUGAAAAAUCGGUCUGACGGUUCUCUUUCAGAUAAGAGUUUGAACAACGUUUCUGAAAACACAGUUGUUAAUGGGAGUGGUAGUAAGACACAUUCCAGGGAAGAAAACAUUAGCCCUUCAAAAACUGUCUCAAACAAGUCUCAGAAUAAACUCAUUCCCUCUAAAUGUGCUGUGUCAAAUAACUGUCAAACUACUGAAAGCUCUUAUACAAAUCAGAGGAGCCGAAAAUUGUCUUCACACGUGUCAGACUCGAAGAACAAUGAUGUGGACAUAUCUGAGUCAGAGAGAAGCCUCGUGAUAGCAGAGGACACGAGCAGUUCACCCGACAAAGGCAGAAAACGAAAGAAGCACCAGGACAAAUCAAAAGCGAAGAGGUUGAGGAAGGAAAAAAAGAGUCCAGAAGUCGUGCUUCCUUCCAAGGAAGCAGAUGAAGAUUCCAAAUCAUCUAUGGGCUGUCUGUCUCCCAGCAGUCUGUCUGCCAAGAAUGUCAUCAGGAAGAAGGGCGAGGUGGUGAUGGCCUGGACUAGAGAUGAAGAUCGAGCUAUUCUCAUGGACAUGAAGACCAAAGGCGCUUCACGCGAGACUUUCUCUGCUUUGUCAGAGAAACUUAACAAGCCUUCAGGCCAGAUUGCUCACAGAUUUUAUCAGCUCAUGAAGCUUUUUAAGAAGAUGGACACCUGAUGCCUCUGAAUAUUUGUGUAUAUGGUUCUUAUUUUGGAGCAUAUUCAUACAUGUGCCAAUAAUUAAGGUGAUAUGGUGAUUUGAUCACCACACAGAGUGCUGUAUCUGUCAAAAUCUGGAGCUUGGUUUGAGUCAAAGGCUGGGAAUUCAUAACUGUCUCUAAGGAUAUUGUGUUACAGAUGCAGAAUUGUACCUGCUCAUGCUGUUGAGAAAGGAAUUCAAAAGACGUUUGGGUUUUUAGCAAGCCACACAGGAUCAUCACAGAAGGACGUGAUGUGGGCCACAGGAUUCCACCUUUUUUACCUUCCUAUCUCAACUUUUGCAGACAUUGCAGAUCUCAAAAAAGUUAACGAGUCAUGAUAUUAGUUCCCACGUCCGUAAAUUAGUUUUUCUCCAAGCAUUUGGGGGAAACUACCCUCGUAAUGGGAAGAUUUCAGGUUCCAAAACAAGUAUGCUCACUAUAUUUUACAUAUUGAGUCAGAUUCUUAGUUUAGAGGUUAACACAUGACCUGCCAUUAAACCUUGAUCUACAGGGCUCAUAGUUUUAGUCUUUUGACUUGGAGUCAGUGUUAAAUUUUGUGUUAAAUGUUGGAUCUUGUUUUAAUAGAUGUGUUUGUGUGUGGGAAGGGAGUGCGUCAUACAUUUGUUUACAUGUUCACUUCAAGUAAAGGCCAUCAGUACAUUCAUUUCUUAAUUUGUGAGCGUGUGUGUGUGAGAGAAUGAAUGAAUGAACCCUCGUAUCUGUGAGCUGCAGUGACAAGUUUGCUUGUUACUAACAAAAACUAUGUAAUGACAUAUUGUAAAUAAUUCUUUACUGAAAAUAAAAGUUUUAUUUAUUUAA